UGCGCCUACGGCUUCGCCCGCAUCUCCCCCACCACCUCCAACGCCACCGCCCCCCAGUCCUUUUGCGCCAAGUGCGACUGCAACGGUCACUCCCCCACCUGCGACCCCUCCACCGGCAGGUGCCUUCCCUCCUGCGAGCACGGCACCAUGGGGGAGCGGUGCGAAAGGUGCGCCCCUGGCAGGUACGGCAACCCCCUGAGGGGCACCCCGGAGGAUUGCAGGAGGUGCGCGUGCCCCCUGGAGGAGGCCACCAACAACUUUAGUCCGGCGUGCCAGGUGGACUAUUCGCGGGAGGAGGAGGAGGGGGGGUAUGUUUGUACGCAGUGCCCAGGGGGGUACACGGGAGACCAUUGCGAAAUAUGUGACGAUGGAUUUUUUGGAAAUCCAAUGGAGAUAGGAAAUACCUGUCAGCCAUGUGAUUGCAAUGGCGGACCAUGCGAUAGAACGACCGGACAGUGUCUUAGUUGCAAAGGAAAUACAGAAGGUUGGAAAUGUGAAAAAUGUAAACCAGACCACUACGGCGAGCCGUCUUUGUCCAAUUGCAAAGCAUGUGAAUGCGACCCUAUCGGUUCCAUUUCCAAGCAGUGUGACAACAUCACGGGUCAGUGUGAAUGUAAGGACAAAUUUACAGGAAGGACAUGCGACAAAUGCGAGGUCGGAUUUGGUAAUGUGACCGCUCUCUGCGUACCGUGCUCCUGCAACCCAAUGGGUUCCAAAUCGGAAGUUUGUGACACCCACACGGGUACCUGCGACUGUCAAGCAGGCGUGGAAGGGUUCCAUUGCGACGCCUGUCAAAAUUUGUACUAUGGAUUUUCCGAAACCGGAUGUCAACGUAAGUUAAUCAUGCAUGUUUGUCUGAAAAAAACCCUAGUCGCACAAGAUAAAUAA